GUAAAAAUAAAUCGAAGGAGCCGUGUUUCGGAAUUUCAUCUUUACUAACCGCAUUUUGCAGUUUUAUCCAGCGCUGUAUCAUGUCUCAACCGGCCUAUUCAACAGCGACGUGUGAGAGAUUAUUCCUUAUCUUAUCUUUUAUUAUCCAGUUACGAGACGAUUCAGCUCGCUGUAGGUCGCGCCAGGAUUUUUGAUAUAAUCAUGGCUAUUUCUUUGCCAUUUGAUUUGCCCGCAAACUUGAAAAGUAUGCAACCGUAUCUGGAGAUGGCCACUGAUUAUGAAUCCAAGGAUCCGUGCAUUAGUUACUGGUGCCGGUUGUAUGUUCUAAAGCAAGGAUUUAUCCUGAAAAGAGUAGAAGAUGAUCUCUCAUUUUUGCUCGUUUUGAUGGAAGUUUUGGGAAAGAACAAACAAGAUUUGCAAUCUAAAAUAGAGACUACUGAUAUACCUGUUGCUCGAGCUCACCUUGAAGGUGUGGUCCAGAAGUUGUUAAGCUGGGCAGAAAAUGUGCCGCCUUUGGAAUCACUAACUAAUGUUGUUGCUAAGGCAUUUCAGUCUGCUGGAAUGCUGCUAGAUGUGUGCUCUAUAUUCGGAGAGCCAAAUGAAGGCGAAUCCGAGAAAAAGAAGUGUACCGACCCACCUGAAGACAAUACACACAGUGAAUUCCAUUCUGGGUCGACUAAAAAAAAAUCUAACGUUCAGUACCAAGAUAUUGGUAAGUUAUCUGGUGGAAUUUCCGGAGAACUCCCAAAUGAUGAGCAGAAGAAGAAGAAUCAAGCACCAUCAUCUACCACAACGGAUGAGGGCGAAAAUCUAGCACAGACACCAAAAGUUUCCAAACCAGUUUGGUUACUAGAAAGGAAAAAAAUCUAUGUCUAUGACCACCUUUUCCUUUUAGAACUACGGAACCAUCCAGCGUCACUGAAAAGGCCGGAAGAACUGCCCAGUUUGGACAUUGUUCGGAAUAAGAUUGGACGAAAUAAAAUGAUCGCUGAUGAAAUAUAUCAUCAGCAGUCUCAACUGAAACCAAAUGCCAACCCCCAUUGUUUUGAUAAUUUUUCACAGAAGAACAAUCACGGGGGACCGUGUGUAGUUGGCACCGAAGCUGGACAAGUUCCUCCUCGUCUGCCGCUAGUUUCUGGACAUCUGGGUCCCACUUCACCCAUCACCAAAACUAAACCUCAGCAAGUCCCUGUCACUACACCAACGAAAGCACAACCGCGUUUAAUAAGUCUAGGAGGAUCAUGGAGGGAAAGGUCAAGUUCCUUGCGUAUUGUUGACCCCAUUGCUAAUAGGGAUAUCAUGACCGGCGAGGAAGCGCCUCGGCCAGCAAUGGUUUCUCCAACCACUUCUACCCCUCCUAUAUUGUGGCAAUCGCCACGACGGCGCCUGUAAAUCUUGAAUAUUAAUAAUCUGAAAUAUUGAUUGUUAUAUUUCAUUUAUUGGUUAUAAUAAUUAUGGCUAGCGCUAGCUGUAUAUUAGUUAUUAUUACCCACCAUAGCAGCCUAUUAGCACCAUUUUUAGCAGCCAACAAGUCCAGCAACACCAGCCCCAAAAUUCAUAGACUCAUAUACACAUUACUAUGCAA